ACACAAUAACCUCUGCAGUUUUUAUUGAUCUGGUUCUAAUUAUUGGAAUCAUCGAAAACAACUAUGAAAGCUCCAUUCUUCAAUGCACCAAUUUUUAGACAGUUAAUUGAAUUCAAAUCCAGCACUUACACGUACAUUAUCGGAUGUCAUAAAACAGGAAAAGCUGUUAUCAUUGAUCCAGUUGUGGAUACUGUUUCAAGAGAUAUUCAAAUUAUUCGUGAUUUGAACUUAGAUUUGAUUUAUGGAUUGAAUACUCAUGUACAUGCUGAUCAUAUUACUGGAACAAAUAGCUUGAAAACGGUCUUCCCAACAAUGAAGUCAGUGCUCAGUUCAAAAUCGGGUGGCGAGGCUGAUAAAUAUGUUUCGGACGGAGAAAUCAUUGAAAUUGGUGGACUGAAAUUAGAAGUGAGAGAGACUCCAGGACAUACAAAUGGAUGUUUGACAUAUGUGGAACAUUCAUUGAGAUCUGCAUUCACUGGAGAUGCACUGCUCAUUCGAGCAUGUGGAAGAACUGAUUUUCAGCAAGGAAACCCGGCAUCUCUCUUUGACUCGGUUCAUGACAAAAUCUUCACACUUCCAGAAGAUUAUGUUGUUUAUGUUGGACAUAACUACAAUGGUGUUUUGCAAACUACGGUCUGGGAAGAGAAAAAUCUGAAUCCACGUCUUACGAAAAGCAAGGAUCAAUUUGUGGAAAUUAUGAAGAACUUGAAAUUGAAUUAUCCGAAACAAAUUGAUAAAGCGGUUCCUGCAAAUAUGGUGGAUGGAAAAGGACAUUAAAUUGCAUUUGAAAUUGCUCUAAAAUUAUGAAAAUUAAAAAAUAAAAAUUUUCCCUGU